AAAAAAAUAGGGUUUUUUUUUUUUGUCAUCAUCAAUCAUUUAAUCCUAUGGAAGAUAGUCCUGCUAGUAAAGAUAUUGAAUUUAAUAAAUCCAGUGUCACUCCAAACGACGACGUUUUACCUCAAAACGAUGACGUCAUCAUCUCCGGUCCGUCUACUUCCACACUAUCUGUUGAUCAAUCUUCAGGAACAGUUGAGAUUGAUCUUGAUACAUCGAAAAGCGGACAUUUUUUCAACGAAGAUAGUGACGUGAAAACGUCCGGUGCGGUAAAGGAAGACGUGGUAUCGCAAAUCGAUGACCUAGUCAUUGCUUUUUCGACUUCUUUUACACUUUCUGAUGACCCGUGUUCAGGACAUGGAAAGGAAUCAAGUUUCGGGCAGUUAGGAACAGUUGAGGCUGGUGUUGACAAAUUAACAAGUGGGCAUGCAGAGAGUGAUAUGGAAGAUGUUGGAGUAAAAAGUUCCAGUUCUUGUGAUGACAGUGUUUUAUCUCAAAGUGAUGACACACAAGUUGUUACAAGCUUUGAGCAGUCAGAAACAGUUGAAACUAGCGUGGAUAAAUUAAUAAGUGGACAGACGGAAGAGACUGCAGUGGAAGAUAUUAAAGUGAAAAGUUUCUGUGCUGCCAAUGACGACAUUUUAUCUCAAAGUGAUGACUUGAAAGUUGACAAAACUUUUGAGCAGUUAGGAACUACUGAGACUGGUGUUGAUGAAACAACAAGUGGACAGAUUGAAGAGACUGCUAUGGAAGAUAUUGAAGCGAAAAGUUCCGGUUCUGCCAACGACAACAUUUUAUCUCAAAGUGAUGAGCUGAGAGUUGAUACAGAGCAGUUAGGAACUAUUGAGACUGGUGUUGAUAAAUCAACAAGUGGACAGAUUGAAGAAAGUGCUGUGGAUACUGUAGUUAAAAGAUUCGGUUCUGCCAAUGACUGUGUAUUAUCUGAAAGGGAUGAUCUACAAGUUGGUACAAGUUUUGAGCUGCUAAGAAUGGUUGCAAUUGAUCUUGAUAAGUUAACAAUUGGACAGAUUGAAGAAAGUGCCGUAGAAGUUAUUGACGCGAAAAGAUCCCGUUCGGACACUGACAGUGAUUUAUGUCAAAGUGAUGGCCUACAAAUUGAUUCAAGUUUUGAGCAGUCAGGACCAGCUGAGACUUAUGCUGAUAAAUUAACAAGUGAACACAAGCAGAAUACUCUGAAAGAUAUUGAAGGGAAAAGAUCCGAUACCACCAAUGACUGUGUUUUAACGAAAAGUGAUGACCUACAAAUUGAUGCAAGUCCUGAGCUGUCAGGAACAGUUGAAAUUGAUGUUGACAAAUCAACAAGUGAACAUAUUAAAGAGAGUGCUGUGAAAAAUAUUGAAGUGAAAAGAUCUGGUACUGUCAAUGAUGUUGUUUUAUCUCAAAAUGAGGAGCUACAAAUUGAUGCAAGUCUUGAACAGCUUGGUACAAUUGAGAUUGAUGUUGAUAAAUCAACUAGUGGACAGAUUGAAGAGAGCGUCGUGAAAGAUAUUGGAGUAAAAAUAUCCGGUGCCUCCAUCCACGGUUUAUAUCAAAGUAAUGACCUACUGAUUGAUCCAAGUCUUGAGCAAUUAGGAACAGUUGAGGUUGAUGUUAAUAACUCAACAAGUGCACAGGCUGAUGAGGAUGAUGUGAACGAUGCUGAAGUGAAAAGAUCAAGUGCCACAGAUGCUGUUAUGUUACCUCAGAGUGAUGACCUACUAAUUGCAGUUUCAACUUCUUCCGUACUUGCUAAUGUCCACUAUUCAGGACCUGGGAACGGCACAUGCUUUGAGUAUUUAGGAACAGUUAAUACUGAUGCUGAUAAAUCAAUAAAUGAUCAGCUUGAGGAGAGUGACAUGAAAGAUAUUGAAGUGACCAGACCUGGUGCCGUCAACGACAGCGUUUUAUCUCCAAACGAUGACCUGAUUACUGUUUCAUCUGCUUUCAUACUAACCGGCGACUGUUCUUCAGGACUUGGGAAUGGGACGAUUCAUGAGCAAUCAGGAACAGUUGAGAUUGAUGUUAAUAAAUCAACAACUGAACAGAUUGAAAAGUGUGCUCCCAAUGACGACCUUUUAUCUCAAAGUGAUGAUAUACUGGUUGCUGCUUCGUUCUCCACGCUUGCCGAUGACAGAUCUUCAGGACUUGGCAGUGAUGCAUGUUUCGAGCAAGUAGGAACAGUAGAGGCUCAUGUUAGUAAUACAACAAGUGAUUGUGUUGAAGAAAUGGCUGAAAUGGUUAAAACAUCUGAACCUGUCAAGUCAGGAAAGAAUGCAAAGUUCAACUUACGAAAAAGUUUAGCUUGGGACAGUGCCUUUUUCACUAGUGAUGGUGUUCUUGAUGCGGAUGAGUUGUCGACCAUGAUUGAUAGAGGUGAGAAGGGUGUAAAAUAUCAGUUACCAGGAAUCGAAGAGGAGGUUUACAGAUCCAUGGAUUCAAUCUCAACUUUAGAAAGUGACAAUUUGUCACUUGAGUGUCUUGAGGCUGAGCUUUUCGAAGACAUUAGAGCUUCAAUCCAGAAAUCUACUAGAGCAUCUAACCCAAUUAAUUCGAGUAUCAAGGUAUCACCCGGAAACGGAGAUACACAUCCAAAUGUUGGCAGCUCAUCAAAGGUUGAUCAUGAAUCUGGAAAACGGUUGAAGCCUGUUGCAAGAUUUAAAGACAAUGGUUCAAAAGUUCCGCAACCCAAGAUAACAAGAGUAAACUCCACAUCAACAUUAACAAAAAGAGCUUUGAGUACCAAUGUUGCAAAGAAGGAUCAUGAUAUUUUAAAACAAGCCCAUGUUACUCAGAAAGGGACUAAAGCAGCAAAAACAACACAAGGACCAAAGGUAACUGAAGUGAUUGGUCCUCGAAGGGGUGUUCCGAAGCCUUUGCCUAGUUCCAAGCCAUCUUCAUUGGGAUCCAAGACAGAGCCCACACGACCUUCUUCAUCAUGUAGCAAUUCUAGUAGUUGCUCUUCAGGAGCUGAUGUAAAAACCUCAGUCGACCUUUCAAGAAAAAAAGUUGAACCCAAAACCGGUAAACUUACAGCCAGAUCAGUUCCCCAAACAUCUUCAAGGAUUAUCACGAAAACCAAAGCGCCAGCACCUGCUAAUUCUCGUCUUCCAUCCCGCUUUGUCUCAUCUAAACUUUCUUCACGCAUACCUUCUGCUAGUUCUGCAAGUGAAUGUUCUUCAAAAUCAUCAUCAUCAACCUCUACUAUCAAUAGAAAGUCUACGCCCAGGGACAGUACAGAUACUCUUGUUUCUUACAGAUCUUCUGUUGAAUCAGCGUCAAGUAUUCAUUCUACUGAUCAAAAUUCAAAUCAGAAUGGAAACCAGGCGGUAGUUGUCCCUCCCUCGCAAAGUGGUGCUCUUUCUCGACCUCCAUCUGUUCAACCAACAGGACUUAGAAUGCCUUCACCCAAGAUCGGUUUCUUUGAUGGGGGAAAAUUAGGUGUUCGAACCCCAACUGGAGCUAUACAAUCUCAAUCUGGGUUGCCAACUGGUCCAACCAAUUCAAAUGGUGUUAAGGAUGUAAACCUUCCCCAAUCUAAAACAGCAUCAGCUCAUACAACCAUGAAACAAAAUAAACAAUCCAAUUUUGGGAACAAAUUAUCCUGCAAAACCAACACGCUGGGAAAUGAUCAGCUGACGAUUUCUAACAGCAGUUCGGAGGUGCGUUCUCUUGUUGCUGGGAAGGUUAAUAAAGUGGAUAAAUCUGUAACAGAAAGCUCAAGGGCUCCAUUUGCAGUCAAGAACUCUAUCUAUGAUAAAUAGCCAACUGAUUUACUGCGUUACUUUUGUGUUACCUUAAAGUCUGAGAUGCAACAUUUGUUAAUGUGUUUUGAAAACAAGAGUUUUAUUUGCAUUGUAAAGGGUUUGAGUUUAUUCUGUUCAAUUGAUCACUUAUGAUGUUUUGUGAUUUGGUUUAUUAUUCUAUCCAGUUUUUCCCUCAUUA